AUGAACGCCAGCGGCCCGGGCUUCCCGCUUGCCUCGCUCUACGUGGGCGACCUGCACCCCGACGUGACCGAGGCCAUGCUGUACGACAAGUUCUCGCUUGCCGGACCCAUCCUGUCCAUCCGCGUGUGCCGCGACGUGGCCACCCGCCGCUCGCUGGGCUAUGCCUACAUCAACUUCCAGCAGCCGGCCGACGCGGAGCUGGCACUGGAUACACUGAACUUUGAGAUUAUCAAAGGCCAACCCAUUCGCAUCAUGUGGUCCCAGCGAGACCCAGGACUUCGGAAGUCGGGUGUGGGCAACAUCUUCAUCAAGAACCUGGAGGAAUCCAUUGACAACAAGGCCUUAUAUGAUACCUUCUCCACCUUUGGAAACAUCCUGUCUUGCAAGGUGGUGUGUGAUGACCACGGCUCCCGAGGCUUUGGCUUUGUCCAUUUUGAGACCCGUGAGGCUGCGCAGCAGGCCAUCAGCACCAUGAAUGGGAUGCUGCUGAAUAACCGCAAAGUCUUCGUUAGCCACUUCAAGUCCCGACAGGAGCGGGAGGCUGAGCUGGGGGUUCGGGCCAUGGAGUUCACCAACGUCUAUGUGAAGAACCUGAAAGUGGACAUAGACGAGCAGGGCCUGGAGGCGCUCUUCUCCCAGUUUGGGAAGAUGCUGAGUGUGAAGGUGAUGAGGGAUGACAGCGGCCGCUCCCGAGGCUUUGGCUUUGUCAACUUUGAGAAGCAUGAGGAAGCCCAGAAGGCUGUGAUGGACAUGAAUGGGAAGGAGGUGAGAGGGCAGCUGCUCUAUGUGGGCCGUGCCCAGAAGUGGGCGGAGCGGCAGAAUGAGCUUAAGCGAAAGUUCCAGCAGAUGAAGCAGACGAAGCAGGAACGGCUGAACCAUUACCAGGGCGUGAACCUGUAUGUGAAGAACCUGGAUGACUCCAUUGAUAAUGAGAGACUGAGGAAAGAGUUCUCUCCCUACGGAGUGAUCACCAGUGCCAAGGUGAUGACAGAGGGUGGCCACAGCAAAGGGUUUGGCUUUGUGUGUUUUUCCUCUCCAGAAGAGGCAACGAAGGCCGUGACAGAGAUGAACGGGUGCAUCCUGGGUACCAAGCCGCUGUACGUGGCGCUGGCUCAGCGCAAAGAUGAGCGGAAGGCUAUCUUGACCAACCAGUUCAUGCAGCAGCGCCUCUCCAACGUGUGGGCUCUGGGUGGCCCCCUCUUGGGCUCUUUCCAGCAGCCCGUCAGCUACUUCCUGCCCACCGUGCCCCAGCCUCCAGCCCAGGCUGCGUGCUAUGGCUCUGGCCCACCUGUCCAGCCUCCCCCCAGGUGGACGGCCCAGCCACCUAGACCCUUGACCACCUACUCUCCAGCUGCCUCAAUGGCCUGGUCACCAGCCACGUCUCAGCGCUCCCCGACCCACAUCAGCAGUGUCAAGAAGGCCUCUUCCCAGGAGCCACACCAGAUGUCCUACACACAAACAGUGGCCAACAUUGGUACCCAGACCUCUGGCCUUGGUGAGGCAGGAUGCUCUAUGCCAAGUGGGCCUCUCCUGGCACAGAGAUAUUCCUUGGAAACGCCCAGCACCCAUGAGGUCCAGGAGCCUGCUGUGUGCAUCCCCGGACAGGAGCCCCUGACCGUGUCCAUGCUGGCCGCAGCACCACUGCACAAGCAAAAGCAGAUGAUAGGUGAGCGUCUCUACCCCCUUAUCUACAAUGUCCACACUCAGCUGGCGGGCAAGAUCACAGGCAUGCUGCUGGAGAUCGACAACUCAGAACUGCUGUUCAUGCUGGAGUCUCCAGAGUCCCUCAAUGCCAAGGUAGAAGAAGCUUUGGCUGUGUUGCAUGCAGGCUCCCCAGACCACGGAGGAGGAGCCGAUGAAAGUGAAUGUAAUUGA